GCCGGCGCGGGCGUGGUAGGGCUCCAGCAGGACUACGGCGUGGCCACCGCCCAGGCGCCCGUGCAGCCCGUGGCGCCGGCGGCGGCCGCGGCCCCCGCGGGCGUGGCGGCGUUUGCGCCGGCAGGUGCCGACCCUGGUCAGGCCAUCGCUGGGGCGGCAGCGGCCGGGUAUCCAGCUGCAG